GAGGUCCUUGAGGAACCUAAACUACAGGCAAGCACCGUAAUGAGGAAAGCUCUCCUAGUAAUAAACGGUAUCGUCCUAGCUAUAGGGAAAUGCGGCGGUCCACUUCUGAUGCGCGCCUACUUCAUCCAUGGUGGGAAACGAUUCUGGUUCUCGAGCUGGCUCACAACUGGUGGUUGGCCCAUCAUCCUUUUCCCCAUCGCCUGUGCUUACAUGUACCGUCGCAGGACCGAACCCACAUCAAAAAACAAGCUUUUCCUCAUGAGACCUCCCUUGUUCGUUGCCUCCGCAGUCAUCGGAAUUCUUACAGGCGUUGACGACUACCUCUACUCCUAUGGCGUGGCCCUGCUCCCCGUUUCAACUUGUUCUAUAGUCAUUGCCUCGCAGCUGGCUUUCACAGCAGCGUUUGCUUUCAUUUUGGUGAAGCAAAAGUUCACUUCUUAUUCCGUAAACGCUGUGUUUUUGUUAACUGUAGGAGCAGGUGUUCUAGCUUUACGAGCGAGCAGUGACCGGCCUGAUACUGAAUCAAACAGGAAAUACGCUUUAGGGUUUAUAAUGACUCUGGCUGCAGCGGCCUUGUAUGGAUUUGUUUUGCCCCUGGUGGAGUUAAUGUACAAGAAGACAAAGCAAGAAAUGAGCUACGCCCUUGUCAUGGAGAUUGAGAUGGUGAAUUGUUUGUUUGCUACUGGUUUUUGCACUGUUGGGAUGCUGGUUAACAACGAUUUCAAGGUAAUUCCAAGGGAAGCAAGGGAAUUCGACCUUGGGGAAACAAAGUAUUAUGUUGUUGCGAUUUGGAGUGCAAUAAUAUGGCAGUUUUUCUUCUUGGGAGCAACAGGAGUAAUCUUUUGUGCUUCAUCCUUGGUAUCGGGUAUUAUAAUUGCGGUUGUAUUACCUGUAAUAGAGAUUCUGGCAGUAAUUUUCUACAAAGAAAAUUUUCAAGCAGAGAAGGGUGUAGCUCUUGCACUCUCAGUCUGGGGCUUCAUUUCAUACUUUUAUGGUGAGAUGAAGCAAAGCAAGAAAAAGAUAUCAACUCCUGAAACAGAAAUGCCACCAGAGCCCAAUCAUAUGGAAAGUGCUUAAAAAAUAUUGACGAUCCGAGCAAUUCCAAGCUCGCUUGGCUGAUGCUCGGAAUAUUGCUCCUGCAAAUUUGUGCGAAAGAAGCAAGAAAUAUUUACUAGUUAGAUUUUUUAAAGACAAAGCGCCAGCAGCUCAACUACUGUCUUCUGUUUAACCAAAACCAAUGAAUCCAACAAAUGUUCCAAGUACAUAUAAGCAAAGAAGAACAAUCACCCAGGCCCGAAUGUCCUUCGUAUGAUUACUAGUUAGAUAAUAAGAAAUAUCCUUUGUAC